AUGGCUGUUGUGACUGCAUUCGCUAUGGUUCAUAUCUCAUUUAAUUCUUUCUUUCAUUUUCCCAUCAUAUUCUUUCUUUCUUUUUUCUUUUCUUUUCUUUUCUUUAUCAUCUCCCAUCUGUUUUUCUUUCUUUUUUCUAGGUUUUUUACUUCUUCCUUUCUUUCUUUAUCAUAUCUCAUCGCUUUCUUGCAUUCUUUCUUUCAUUUUUCCUUUGUUAUAUCUCAUAAUUCUUUCUUUCUUUCAUUUUUCCUACAGUAUAUCCUAUCAUAUUCUUUCUUUUCUCUUACUAUAUCGUAUCUAUUUUUCUUUCUUUUUCUGUACUUCUUUCUUUCUUUCUUUCUUUCUUUCUUUCUUUCUUUCAUUUUCCUUCGUUACAUCUCAUAUAAUUCUUUCUUUCUUUACAGUAUAUCCCAUCAUAUUCUCUUUCUUUCAUUCUUUCUUUCUUUCUUUUUUCUCUACUUUAUAAUUUUAUAUCCCAUCAUAUUCUCUUUUUUUCUUUCUUUCUUUUUUCUUUCUUUCUUUCUUUACAGAAUAUCCCAUCAUAUUCUUUCUUUCUUUCUUUCUUUCUUUCUUUCUUUCUUUCUUUACAGUAUAUCCCAUCAUAUUCUUUCUUUCUUUCUUUCUUUCUUUCUUUCUUAUAUCCCAUUUAUUUAUUUAUUUACGUUUUCGAGAUUUUUACUUCUUUGUCUUUCAUUUCUUUACAUCUUCUUUUAUUUUUCCUUUAGCAUAGCCCAUGAUAUUCAUUCAUUCAUUCAUUCAUUCAUUUUUCUUUCUUAUUCCUUUAGCUUAUACCAUCAUAUACUUUCCUCAAUGGCAUAA